ACAAAAGAAAUUUGAAGCACCAAUGAUCCAAAUCCUCUUCCAAAAAGUCUUUGAAAGUUUGAACAAUUAAAUGCGAUUUUUGUUCACAAAGUUCAAUGGUAGCAACAACAAAACAUCAACAAAGCAACCAAAGCUGGCUAAAUUCUAUAAGAAAAAUCUAUCCUCUCUCAUGUUUGGUUCUCUUUCUGAAUUCUCCACGACUUCUUCUUCAUCGAGAUUUUCCCUGCCCACCCACUUCGAACCCCAACUCGAAGAAACUGCAGGCCAUGGAAUUCAUUCCCUGUCCCAGCACCCAAACCCGGAGAUCUCGAGUUUUCUCCAGAAGGGUUUCUCAGAAAUCACCCAUGAGAUUGUUGGGAAAGCAUUACAUGGAGUUUGGUUAAAGGGUUCGACCCAUUUAGGCACUUUUUAUAUGAAUACAUUGAUCAACAUGUAUUGCAAGUUUGGAAAAAUCAAACCUGCCCAGUACUUGUUUGAUAGAAUGCCCGAGAGGAAUGGAACUUCUUGGAACACCAUGGUGUCUGGGUAUGUCCGAGUGGGUUUAUACCCAGAUGCAGUUAGUUUGUUUCCCCAAAUGUGCAGUCAAGGAAUUGAGCCAAGUGGGUAUUUGAUUGCCAGUUUGAUGGCUGCAUGCAGUCGGUCAGUGAAUAUGGUUUGUGAAGGAUUUCAAAUUCAUGGUUUUGUACUCAAACUUGGCUUGUUGUGGGAUGUGUUUGUGGGCACUGCGUUGCUGCAUUUUUAUGGCGUAUAUGGGUUUCUUUCUCGUGCUAAGAGGCUUUUCGAGGAGAUGCCGGAAAGAAAUGUAGUUUCUUGGAGUUCAUUGAUGGUUGCAUAUUUGGACAUUGGAGAUUCCAGGGAGGUUUUAAAUAUAUAUCAACAAAUGAGGCACGAAGGGGUUGGUUGUAACCAAAAUACUUUCACAACGAUAUUUAGUUCAUGUGGAUUGCUUGAGGAUGAGUUGCUGGGUCGUCAAAUGCUUGCACAUGUUAUAAAGACUGGAUAUGAGACUAAUGUUUCUGUUGCAAACUCUCUCAUCUCAAUGUUUGGCAGUUUCUGUAGCAUACAAGAUGCCUGCUAUGUCUUUGAUCACAUGAUUGAACGAGACACAAUUUCAUGGAAUUCAAUGGUUUCAGCUUAUGUACAUAAUGUGCUUUUCAAGGAAUCACUUAGUUGUUUUCAUUUGAUGCGUCUUGUUCAUAAUGAAAUAAAUUCAACCACACUUUCCACUCUGUUAUCAGUCUGUGGUACCAAGGAUAAUUUGAAGUGGGGCAGUGGGAUUCAUGGAAUGGUAGUUAAAUUGGGAUUGGAUUCAAAUGUUUGUGUAUGUAACACUCUUCUUACUAUGUACACUGAGGCUGGAAGACCUAAAGAUGCUGAAGAAUUGUUCCAAGAAAUGCCAGAGAGGGACUUAAUAUCAUGGAAUUCCAUAAUGGCUGGCUAUGUUCUGGAUGGGAAGUGCCUAGAUGCCUUAAAAGUGUUGGCUGAAUUGUAUAAGAUGGGAAAAGCAAUGAACUACGUGACAUUUUCUAGUGCGUUGGCUGCAUGCUCGAACCCUGAAUUCCUUGUUGAAGGAAAGAUUGUCCAUGCUCUUGUGAUCACAGUUGGCCUCCAUGACAAUUUGAUUGUUGGCAAUGCACUAGUAACCAUGUAUGGAAAGUGCAGCAUGAUGUGUGAAGCUAAACAGGUUUUCCAAAAAAUGUCUAAGCAAGACUUGGUUACUUGGAAUGCACUUAUUGGUGGGUAUGCUGAAAAUGAAGAACCAGGUGAGGCAGUGAAGUUUUUUAAGUUGAUGAGAGGAGGAUGCAUACCUGUAAACUACAUCACCAUUGUCAAUGUUCUUGGUGCUUUCUCGGCUCCCGCUGCCCUAAUGAUACAUGGAAUGCCACUUCACGCAAAUAUAGUUCUGACCGGUUUUGAGUCAGAUGAUUAUGUGAAGAAUUCCCUUAUCACAAUGUAUGCUAAGUGUGGUGAUCUCAAUUCAAGUAACUAUAUCUUUAGCAGAUUGCUUGACAAGAACCCUGUGACAUGGAAUGCCAUGGUUGCUGCAAAUGCUCACCAUGGUGAUGGGGAAAAUGCUUUAAAACUCUUUAUUGAUAUGCAAAGAGCUGGAGUAGAUUUAGAUCAGUUCAGCUUUUCUGCAGCACUUGCUGCGUCUGCCAACUUGGCUAUUUUGGAUGAAGGGCAACAGCUUCAUGGUCUGGCCACUAAACUUGGAUUUGACUCAUAUUUGUAUGUCACAAACGCUACAAUGGAUAUGUAUGGAAAGUGUGGAGAAAUGGAUGAUGCACUGAAAAUGCUUCCUGAACCAAACAUGAGAUCACGAUUAUCUUGGAACAUAUUAAUUUCCGCUUUUGCCAGACAUGGUUCUUUCCAUAAAGCUAAAGAAACUUUUCAUGAUAUGCUAAGACUAGGAUCGAAGCCUGACCACGUCACCUUUGUCUCUCUUCUAUCUGCUUGUAGUCAUGGUGGUCUUGUGGAUGAGGGCCUUUCAUAUUUUGCUUUGAUGACUAAGGAGUUUGGUGUGCCAGUUGGAAUAGAGCAUUGUGUAUGCAUUAUUGAUCUUCUUGGACGUUCAGGAAGGCUUUCUGAGGCUGAAAAUUUCAUUACAGAAAUGCCCGUGCCACCAAAUGACUUUGUCUGGCGAAGUUUGUUGGCAGCGUGUAGGAUCCAUGGAAAUUUGGUGUUGGGAAGGAAAGCCACUGAGCAUCUUCUCCAUUCCAACCCAUCAGACGAUUCAGCUUAUGUUCUUUAUUCAAAUGUCUGUGCAAAUUCUGGGAAAUGGGACCAUGUAGAGAAUGUCAGGGGACAAAUGCAAUCAUAUCACAUAAAGAAGCAACCGGCUUGUAGUUGGAUCAAGUUGAAAAAUGAAGUGAGUUCGUUUGGCAUUGGAGACCAGUCCCACCCGCAGACUCGGCAGAUACAUGUGAAAUUAGGGGAGCUUAGGAAGAUGAUUACAGAAGCAGGUUAUGUGCCAGACACAACGUUCGCAUUGCAUGACACUGACGAAGAACAAAAGGAGCACAAUCUUUGGAACCACAGCGAGAGACUUGCAUUAGCAUAUGGGUUGAUCAAUGUGCCAGAAGAUUCGAGGCUUAGAAUUUUCAAGAACCUUCGCGUUUGUGGUGAUUGCCAUUCUGUUUUCAAGUUUGUCAGUAAAAUUAUCCAGCGGGAAAUUGUAUUGAGGGAUCCUUACAGGUUUCAUCAUUUUAAUGGUGGGAAGUGCUCUUGUGGCGACUAUUGGUAGUGAAGCCAUUGAUAAGCUUUCUUAUC